AUGGGUGGUUUCGGAGUGACACCGACCAGUGAUGUGCUCUCCCCACCCGAUCGUUUCCAAAGACGCCUGGAUGGCUACAGAAAACAUCACAGCAACAACAAAUUACAUUACGACAACUACGCCUCGGUCGAGUACGAGAAGAUAAAGGAAGACACAAGGGUCCUCCAUCAGAGGUGGCUGGAGGGCAGAACCAAAAAAACCAACAAAACAAAAACAGUGAAGCCACAGCAGAAUGAACAUAUAAAGACUGGUAAUAGUAAACUUGCUGACCAGCAGACCUCUACCUCCUCAAUGAAUAAUCAGAGCAAACCAAAGCCGAAAGUGAAUGCUGUGAAGCCGAUGGUUAUAAACCCACCACCAUCAUUAAACACAACAACUAAUGAGCAAUCAACAGCACAACAACAGCAAUCAUUGCAGAAACAAACAUCAUACAUAAACAGCAGCAAUGCUGCUAACACUAAUAACAACAUCGUCACUAACAACACAACGGGGGUCCAAGUGAAGAUAAACCUGGGGGGAGCACAGCAUAAAAAUGGUAUUACUUUUCACAUCACAGCCCCUGAUAACAACAGUCUUGCCAGUGUUAGUGUAUGUGGGGGUAACAAUAAAAAGUCAGCAGGGAUGUGCAAGGCCGAAAUGUUAGAUGAAAGUUGUUUGGACACAUUUGUGGAUGAGGAGUUGGAUGAUUUGUUGGCAUCAGGUUCCCCGGAAGAUGGCCCUAUCGAUUUUGACUUCUUUAAUUCUUUCGAUGACUCUUUUGCUGAUCAAACUUUUAAUCCAUUGAUAAAUGAUAAUAGCAAUAACAACAAUAAUAAUAAUAACUGUAGUAACAACGGUAUUAACAACAGUAAAAAUUUUAAUAAUAGCAAUGAUAGUAAUAAUAAUGACAAUAACUCACUACCGACAUGUCGUUCUACACCAAAUCCUUCAUUUGAAAAGCAAAAGUCUAACACAACAUUAAUAAAUAACUUGCAGUCAGCCAAUGUUUCCCUCAGUGACAACAACAACAACAUUAGCAACAACAAUUCAUCAACCAGCAAUAAUUUCCAACAGCAACCAUCCUACCAAAACUGCAUGACAUCAACAAACAUGGCAUACCAUGCACAACGACCGCAGCAACACGUGUCAUUUCAACAACAACAGCAGCACAUAAUUUCACCAGCCUACCCACAAAUUGAUUUGAACAUCAGCAGCAACAUGUCCAAAUUCUCUUCCAUCCUCGGUGAUCCCACUGGUCCUGCUGCCGAAACUUUGAAGCAUCUUGCUGCCAAGCACAACAACAGAGACAAACAACUCAACUUCCAACAACAACAACCACCACCACUCAACUUUCAACAACAACAACUACCACAUCAGCACAUGAUGAGCAGCAGUAGUAGCAGCAAUCAGAUGUUUGCAAAUGAUGUUGUUAAAGCUUAUCAAACUAGGGAAUAUUAUCAAGUCAGUCCUGACAUGUUGGUCAACAACAACAAUAAUAUUAAUAACAAUAACAACAUCAACAGCAUCAACAACAGUAUUCACAUCAACAGCAGUAUUCAUAGCAACAACACCAACAUCAACACUUCACUUUCUUGUAGUAGCAGCAUGUUGCCAUUUAACAAUAACAUUAAUGUUAAUAAUAAUGUUAUAAAUAACAGUAUUAAUAUAAACAACCACAUUCAUGUUAAUAAUGAACCCCUAAGUAGCAGCAACAAUCUGUUGAGUUUUUCAUCACAUAGCACAUCAAAAACAUCAACAACUAUCACGACAACAUCUUCAACAAUUGAUGCUGGCAACAUCAUUGCAGCCACAGCAUCAACAACAACAACAUUGGAACAGCAACAAAAAAUGAACAUUCUGAAAGCCCCUCCGAGUUACAUUGAAUCUUCCCUACAUCAACAGCAGCAUAUCAAUAACAGGAUUCUGAACACCAACAACAAUAACAUCAACAACAUUAACGUUGACAUCAAAUCAGACAUUCAACAUUUUGAAAUGUUGCAGCAGCAACAUCAGCAGCAACAGCAGCAGCCACAUGUGGUAUCUCUGCAACAACAACACCAGCAACAAAUGUUCACCCAGCAACAACUCAGACAACAAAGCCACUUGACCUCAGGCACCGUGAUGCAUAGACGUCGUUACAUGACUCACCACAUACCGUCAUCAUCUUCUUCAUCGAUAUCCGGGUUGCCACAGUAUAGCAGCAUGCAGCAAUAUGAAUAUGCAAAAUGUAUGCAACUGCACAGGCAACAACAACAGCAGCGUAUGUUACAACAACAUCGACAUCAUCCGUAUGCUACUAUGCAUUCUGGUGUCGUUGCUGCUGACAAAUAUUUCAACAACAGCGACAACAUCACCGGAAAUGUACCUUCAGAUAUGAUGAUGAUGGCUCAACAACAACCACCUGAUGUGAAUUACAGUCUUCAUCAUCAUCAACAACAACAGCAACAUUUGCAGAUGAAGCAGAAGAUGAUGAGUCAACAACAGCAGCAGCAACAAUUUCAACAAAUGCAGUUCCACAAUCAGCAGCAGCAAUUUCAACAUCAUCAGCAAUUUCAACAUCAUCAGCAACUUCAACAACAACAUCAGUUGCACAGCAGAAUUCAUCAUAGCUCGUCAACAUCAUUAAUGAAUGUUGCAACACCCGACAUCUCGAAACAGAUCAGCAACAACAACAACCAAACUAACAGCAACAUUAAUAACACCAAUGAUCUCUUAAAUAUUUCACAACAACAGCAACAACAUUAUCAGUGCAUGCAGCAGCAACCAAGUCAGCAGCACCAAGCAAACCCAUCACAACUUCAAUCAACAUCAAACAAUCCUCUUCAACAAUUUAGUGGUUCACAUCAACAACAACAGCAACAACAACUGUCGUCACAUCAACAGCAUCAACAAUCACAACAUUACAACAACCAGUCAAUGCACUACUCCAAGAUGAAUUACAAUGGUGUGCCCAAUGGUGAAUCGUGGUGGUGA